GAUUAUUGACGUUUGAGGAAAGGCAGGGUGAAGUACAAGGAGAGCUGGACGAGCGCAGAGACGGACGCGCCGUGUCGCAGUGGAAAUGGAAGCCUUGAGGUAUGUUUUUCUGCUGGUUUGUGCCUGCUGCGCGCAUCAAGCUGCAGGACGCAAAACAUUCGGUGACAUGUUCCCCCACAAACAUGCAGCAGCAGGGAAGUUGCCAUAUCCAAUUCCACCAAUCCCAGGCUGGGAUCCUGACACCAACCCAUGGGAUGAUUACCUCUACCCUCCACUAAACCCAAACCCUAAAGAGCUCAUGCACCACAGGGGUAAACCCAAGGUUCUUCUGACCAGCGACAGUCCAGCCCUCAACGGCUCUUGCAUCUCCUUCACUGCGAAGCUGGAGUACCCUCCAUGUCAGAAGGAGGAUGCCAGUGGGAACCUUGUAUGGGAUGAGCACUGUGAGGACGCCAAUGGCCAGGUGCGUUCAGGCUACGUGUACAACUGGACUUCCUGGUUGGACGACUACGGCUUUGGAAAGUGUGUAGACAAAAAGAAAUGCAAUGUGUUCCCUGACGGGAAGCCCUUCCCUCAGAGCAACGACUGGAGACGCAAGAGCUAUGUCUACGUGUGGCACACAAUGGGCCAGUACUACGAGACCUGUGACGGCUCCUCCUCCAGGGUGACCAUCAACACCAGCAACAUCGCCCUGGGGGCAGAGGUCAUGGAGGUCAUGGUCUACAGGAAAAGCGAGCGCAGGAAGUACAGCCCCCUCACAACUGACAACACCGUCUUCUACGUCACAGAUAAGAUCCCACUGGCAGUCAACAUCUCCCAGAAGGCUGCGGUCAACCAGUCUGAGAACGUUUUCUUCCGCGGUGAGGACGUGGUCUUCAAAGUCCAGCUCCAUGACCCCAGCGGCUACCUCAAAACCGCCGCCGCCAUCGACUACAUCUGGGACUUCAGAGAUGGCAACCAGCUUGUCACACACCGCGACCUGACCACACACACCUACAGCAGGCUGGGGAGCAUGAGCGUGAAGCUGGUGGUGGAGGCAGCGUUCCCUAUCGAGUGUCCCCCCACUGCCGCCACGCCGACUCAGAGGAGCCCCACGCCACCACCUCCCACGGAGGUUCCAACUCACGCUGUUACUGCCAAGGUGGAGACCACACAGGCGCCACCCAGCACCAGCCAGCCCCUCCCCUCUUUCUCCACCGUGGCACUGACGUCAGGCAUGCCCACCACGGAGCCCCUACCCCCUACUGUCGCUGCAGAAUCCAACCCCACCACCCUGGCCUGGCUCCGAACCAGGCGCCUCAACAGCAACGAGUGCUUCCGCUACGCCUAUGGGACCUUCAUGGGCAACAUCACCAUUAUUGAGCCCAAGCACGCGCUCAACAGCCAGCCGAGCAGUCGCAUUGUGGACGUGACGGCUUCGAGAGUGACCAACACUGACAUCAGCUUCCUGGUCAAGUGUCUGGGAAACAUCCCCACUUCAGCCUGCACCAUCGUGUCAGACCCCAGCUGCACUCAGGUGCAUAGCAUCAUGUGCAAUGAUGUGCCGCCACUGUCGGCGUGUGAAGUGCAUCUCAGGCGAACGUUUCUGGAGCCGGGCACCUACUGCAUCAACAUCACCCUGGAGGACUCCAACAGCCUGGCCCUGACCAGCACCACCGUCACCAUCAACAAGUCCCAGGAGACACCUGUGUCCAAGCCAUCUCAUGCUGCAGAGGUGGUGCUCUCCUCCACCGCUGUGCUGGUGGCUGUCUUUGCAUUCAUUGCCUAUCUGGUCUGCAAGCGUUACAGGGUGUACCGUCCCAUCCGUAGGUCAAUGGUGGAGGACGCCCGCGGCCAGGCUGGGGUUGAAAGUCGCAUGGUCCGUCUGAGGGAGGCACUCUUCCCCUCCAGUGAGGAGAGCCAUCACCUGCUGACUGAGAGGCGCCCCCUGUAGGCUCUACACGGAGCAUUUCUGCCAUUGAGGGCAGAAAGAUUCUGAUUGACAUGUGCAAAUCUCAGCAUUAUAUCAGUCAUAUGAACAAAAAGUAAAGAUAGCUGGAAUACGUUCAUGUCUGCAGAGAAAUAUCAGUAAAUAAUAAUACUGUCUUGUUUGUGUUUUAAUUUAGUUGUUAAAAGAUUGUCGGCUGCAACAGUAUAUGAUCAUAAGGUUAAGGACUGAGGCGCUGCUCCUUUUGAUCUCUUUACUCUGGCUCUUCAUUGGAUAAAGCAGUUGUUAGGAGAUGAUUUGGGUUUAAGUUACAGCUGUUUUCUGAUCCAAAGAAAAGACUUUUGUGCAAAUUUUGUGCCAAGUACUGCUUUUCAACACUGUGCCUUAUGCUGUAAUAGUAAUAAUUAGCGGUGAAGCAUGAAAUCCUUGAGAUGGCUUUCCAGUAUAGAAUUUAUACUACCUGUGACAUGUGCAUGCUCUUUCUCAGCUGAGUGAAUUAAAAGUACAAGUUUAAUUUGUAAGACUUAAAAACUAAAUCAAAGAAUUCACCGAGAACUUGAUUUGAGGACUCUA